AGCGAGAGACGGCGCCCUUUUCUCUACAGUGGCUGAACCGUCUUAACGGGGAAAUAAGUUAUUCUACAAGCAGCCGGAGAUUUAAGGCGUGGAUGGCUCCUCCUCCAAACAUACAUUGUCAGUUAAUACAUUUUUAAUCUGUUAGAUUCUUCAGGUCAUUUAAUCAUCCCUAGUUUAUGUUUUGAUCAGAGUUGUGAUUAAAGGUUUGGGCCGCAAAAGAUUUUCAGAUUUCAAAUUGGGCCGCGGCGUUCUUGAGUUUGGGAACCGCUGCUUUAGAUAAAGUGGUGCAAUGAGGUAUUACACUGAAUGAUGCGUUCAAUGUAAGUUGGAUUUUCAAUGUUUCUCGCUCAAUGUAGAUGGUUAUAUUACGUAUUACAUGCAUGCAUUAGCUGAUCACAUUACAUUUAAUACAAUAAUAUUUAUGCAUUGUUAAUACUUUUAAAUGUACAGUUGUACACUGGCAUUACAUCGUUCUCAUUUCUUUAUUGAUAUCUCAAGGAAAGAUGGUUAUCAGUUUUUGAUAUCCUACAUUACUAUAACUAGUGAUGUGAUGAUCUAACCUGGUUACUUUAACUAGUCCACUGCGCAGAUGGCGGAGACGGUGAAGUACGUGGAUGAUGAGCAUCGGAGCAUCUUCCUGAAGCUGCUGAACGAGCAGCGCCUGGAAGGCGAACACUGCGACAUCGCCGUGGUGGUCGAAGACGUCAAGUUUAGAGCUCACCGCUGUGUGCUCGCCGCCUGCUCAAACUACUUCAAAAAACUCUUCAAAAAGCAUGAGGUGGACAACUCCUCUGUGAUUGAGAUCGACUUCAUUCGCUCUGACAUCUUUGAGGAGGUGUUGAACUACAUGUCUGCGAGGAUAUCAGUGCAGAAGAGAGACGUCAACUUCAUGAUGUCUCCAGCGAUACUAGGCAUUCGCUUCCUCGACAAACUCUGCUCUCAGAAACGAGACCUGUCUUCAGAGGACAAAGACAAGUUCCCCUAUGACAUUGUGAAGAUGGCGCUUCCCCCCGAGGCCCAGCUGGCCGCUGAUGCCGAGGUGCUGGGAGAACACGAUGACACACCCACCCCGGAUGACCUUGUUGGGGCAUCGACCAAUCAGGAGCUGGAUAAGUCUCCCACUGCUGCGCUACGUGUCCAGGAGGCCAUCCUGAAAGAACUGACCAAUGAGGACGUACAAAAGGUAACCUGCUACGACCACGACGUUGACAUGGAGGCGGAGCCUAAAGAGUUGGGGGCGGAGCACCACGCCACCCAGACCCUGACUUUUGCAGAAAGUAUGGGGGAGGUGAAAGACGAGCAGCCGCCCGGCUGGUCCACGGCCACCACCGACAUGAAGUUUGAGUACCUGCUGUAUGGACCGGACCAACUCGCAUGCCAGGUGUGUGGGAAGACCUUCCUAUUACCGUACACCAAUAGCGAGAAGCUAAGAGGGAACACACGAUGGGCCAUUUUACAGAUUCAGUUUGUUUCACUAUGGCCCCGCCCUCACCUGUGUGUUUCAGAGCACCUGAAGAUUCACACAGGCUUUAAACCGUACAGGUGUGACGUUUGUGGGAAAUCGUUCAUUCGAGCUCCAGACCUGAAGAAACACGAACGCGUUCACAGCAACGAGAGGCCUUUCGCCUGCCAGUUGUGUGAAAAGGCGUUUAAACACAAGUCUCACCUGAAGGACCAUGAGAGGAGACAUCGAGGAGAGAAACCCUUCGUCUGUCCAUCCUGCAACAAGGCCUUCGCCAAGGCGUCAGAUUUGAAGCGUCAUGAGAACAAUAUGCACAGCGAGAGGAAGCAGAUGAAUCCACUGCAGAGCGACACGGAGGCACUGCAGGCUGCUGCCAUGGCUGCUGAGGAGCAACAUCUGGACAGCAUCGGCUGCUCCUAACAUCUGGACUCAUCAGCUGCCUGCUCCUAACAUCUGGACUCAUCAGCUGCCUGCUCCUAACAUCUGGACUCAUCAGCUGCCUGCUCCUAACAUCUGGACAGGUGUUGCUGCAUAAAUAUGUUUCUUGAUCAGACUCUGAAUGUUCUGUGCUCGUUGAAGUCAUGUUUCCCUGCUGUGAUCAGAGAGCCUGAACAGACGUCACGAUGACAUGUUAAGAACACGCUAUGGACACGGACCCCUCCUCUGUGAAUCAUUUGUUAUUUGUCUCUUUGUAAAUGUACAGGAUCAUUUUUCAGUCUGUACAGUAAACGGUUGAUUUAUUGAUUGUAUAAAGUUUGUUGUUCUGUUCAGUUUCAUGAGCAGAUUGUUUUAAAAAUC